AUGAAUUUUGGUAUAAAUCGAUUGACAUUAUAUGUGCAGGCUAUAGAUGUCGCCACUCACCUUCCACCGGAAGUGAACAAGUUACUAAAUCUAUCCGAAACUAGAAGAAUUAUUAAUGGCGAGGAAGUAACAGAUGGAAGACCCUACAUGGUAUAUUUGAAACUGCCUAGAAGCAAUCAGAAAAAGCCAAAUUACAGAACAUGGUUGUGUGGUGGAGUUAUUGUGCAUGAGGAGUACAUUAUCACUUCUGCUGCUUGUAUCGAGGAUGCUGAACAUUUUUAUGUCGUUUCUGGGACGUAUAAAUAUUCCGAUGAAGAUGAUCGUUACAACAACCCGUGUAUCAAAAAUGGCGCGAAGAAGGCAAUUUGGAAGUGUGUUCCUAAAAAUUAUAUAUUCGAUGGUCACGAAAACGAUAACAUCAGAUGGAUGAACAAUGACAUAGCUGUGGUCAAAAUAGAAGAUGGAUUUGACUUCAACAGACGAAUAAGAGGUUGCGAUUUUGUGCCUAAACCCAUUUGUUAUAAUAACCAAAGUCAAACUCUCGAAAAUCCUGGGACUGUUGUCACCAUUGCCGGUUGGGGUACAACAUCUAGAUAUAAUGAGUGGGUUAGUCGUAGGAAGGAGAAUCAACAGAACCUUCUAGAAGCGCACGUGGAGGUUAUUCCUAAGAACCGAUGCAAGCGGCGCUGGGGGGCGCGCUAUCACAACAUCAUAGACAAUUAUAUGAUAUGUACUAAGGAUAUCGGACAGACUAUGUCGGAGAUUUGUAAUGAAAAAUACGUAGACUGUCAGGACAUACAUUACUCGGAUGAAGAGGAUAUGAGGCGGGAGAUAAAGGUGAUAAGGUCAGAGAAGGUACCAACGAACCUGGUGAUGCAUUCCGCGUACCACAAUGACACAAAUGGGACACGGAGAUACGUCUCCCAGGCUGACGGAGGUUUCUGUGAGAACGAUCACGGGGGACCCCUUGUAUACGGCGAAGGCGUAAACUCAGUUGUAAUAGGGGUCAUUUCAGCGUGUCUCGUUAAAGAAAGAACCAAUAAGUGCUACGGGCCAUUCCUAUACACCAGUGUCUUCAAAAACCGACAAUUUAUAUCUUGUGCUAUUUACAAAGAUGUGGAACCAAAAUGUCGACGACAAUUCCGUUCCGGUGUCACACACGUAGAAAAAACGUUAUCUUGGAAGAAUCAUCCCGAUGGACCAGCAAAGAAUGAGCUGCAACCGUCAACUCCUGGGAAGUCUCUCGACGCAGCAGACGAUAAGGUCUUUGCUGGAAGUGGCUUCAUCAUGAGAGCUGACGAUCUUAGACACGCUAAUAAAACAUUAUCUUGA